CCAGACAGACCCCUUUGCAGAAGCCAGGGGAAUGGAAGCAGAGGGUCCAUGGCCAGGGGAAAGAGCUGGCCCUGACCAACAAGCCUUCGGCUUGGCGGUGCCAACCACCAGAAAAUAGAAAGCUAUCUUAGCCACAGUUGGUGGGGCCAGGCUGGGGACUGGGCAGCAUGGCAGUCCUAACGGUGUGCUGUGUCCUCACUAACCUGCCUCCCGCCCCCUGGCCCGUGCCCUCACCUCUCUUCCCUUAUCUCCCUACAAGGAUGGCCGAGGGCAAGGUCCAGCAGGCACCUGCCAUGACCUUCCCAAAGACCAGGGAAGACACCCUCCCAUUGCCGCCGCCCCCCACCCAGGAUGAGCUGCCCCUGCCGCCCCCCAAGGAAGCCUUCUCCAAGUUCUACCAGCAGCGCCAGGCCAAUGAGCUCAGGAGGCUCUAUCGCCACAUUCACCCCGAGCUCCGCAAGAAUCUGGAGGAAGCUGUGGCCAAGGACUUGGCUGAGGUCCUGGAGACCGAGGAGCCCACAGAAGGCGACGUGCAGUCCAUGCGCUGGAUCUUUGAGAACUGGAGUCUGGACGCCAUCGGUGACCACCCGCCGCCCCAGAGGCUGGCCGAUGGCGAGUCGGUCCCUGGAGGGGAUGUGCGGGCCACGUCUAAAAAGUUUGAAGACGGCUCCUUUAGUCCCACAGACCAGCCACCAGCCAAGCCAGGGCCCAUCCAAGGGGACGUUCGGACGGCCCGGUGGCUGUUUGAGACCCAACCCAUGGACACUCUGACUGGUGAGACAGAGAUACAGAAAGCUGUGCUCCGAGAGCCCCCACCUGGCGGAGACGUCCGGGGCACCAGGACCCUCUUUGAAACAAGGUCGCUGGACAGCCUGGGUGGCCAGUCCUCUUCCCAGGAGCCGAGUCCCCUGCAGCUGCGCUCUGAGAUCCGAGAACUAAAGGGAGACGUGAAGAAGACGGUCAAGCUCUUCCAGACAGAGCCCCUAUGCGCCAUCCAGGAUGCCGAAGGCGGCAUCCACGAGGUCAAGGCCGCGUGCCGGGAGGAGAUCCACAGCACUGCAGUGAGGACAGCCCGGUGGCUGUUUGAGACCCGGCCACUGGACGCCAUCAAUCGGGACCCGAGCCAGGUCCGAGUGAUCCGGGGGAUCUCCCUGGAAGAGGUGACUCGACCCGACAUCACCAACACCCGCUGGCUCUUUGAGACCCAGCCGCUAGAUGCUAUCCGAGAAGUUACCAUUGAUGAGAAGGACUUCCAGCCUUCGCCAGACCUCAUCCCCCCUGGGCCGGACGUCCAACAACAGCGGAUGCUGUUUGAGACGCGCGCCCUGGACACUCUGAAGGGCGAGGAGGAGCCUGAGGGAGAUGUCGCCCCCAAGGAGGAGGUGAUCGGAGGGGACGUUCGUUCUACCCUGUGGCUGUUUGAGACGCAGGCGCUGGGGACCCCCAGCGGUGACGUCCAAGUGGGGCGCCUGCAGCAGGUCAAGCAGAGAGCGAGGGAGCAAGGAGACUCGGAGAACGCUGGGCUUAGGCUGGAUAAAUGUCCUGGUGAAGACGCCUCCAAAGGGUCACUCAGCCAGUUUCCUGGUGGAGACAAGGAAGGAAAGGGAGACGUGAAAACCUUCAAGAAGCUGUUUGAGACUCUUCCGCUGGACAGCAUUGGGCAGGAGAAGUCCCCUGUCCCGACAGAGGAGAGUAAGCUGGAGGGAGUGGGGUCUGCUGGACAAGUCCAAGCCAACCAGGCCUUGUUUGAAAAAUGGCCGCUGUACGCCAUUCAGGACGGCCACGGCGGCCUCCACGCCUUGACUUCAGUCAGCAGAGAGCAGGUGGUUGGCGGGGAUGUCCAGGGCUCCAGGUGGAUGUUUGAGACGCAGCCGCUGGACCGGCUGGGCCAGGAUCCAGAGAAGGUGGAUGUCAUCCGAGGCAUCACCCGCCAGGAGGUCGUGGCUGGGGAUGUGAGUAGCGCACGCUGGCUUUUUGAGACACAGCCCCUGGAGGUCAUCCACCAGCAGAAGAAAGAGAAAGAGGCAAAAGAGGAGGAGCCCCCAUCGGAAGCACCCCCGAAGUGUAACGUGCAGAGCAUCCGCUGGCUCUUUGAGACACACCCCAUCCAUGCUUUGGCCCAGGAGUCAAGGCCGGGGGUCACGGAUCCUCAGGCUGAUGUCCGAUCCUACACGUGGAUGUUCGAGACCCAGCCCAGAGAGGGGCCAGGGGGUCCUGCAGAGCAGCACCUACAGGUCAGACAGAGCUCCCUCCAGACCAAGGACCAACAGACGGAGGCUCAUGUCUUUGAAACAGAGCCCCUGCCCCCCCCUCACAAUCUUGGGGGGAAGGACCCUGUCCACUACUGCAGCCGCGUGGAGAUCCCAAUGGGGCAGGUCUCACAAAGGAAGGGGGCCUUCGAGGCGCCGGCUGUGACCGAAGGCCAGAAAGAACAGCCUGGACUCCCAGAUCCCCCUGAGCCUGUAGGGGGAGGCUCAGUCCGCAAAUUCACAUGGCUCUUUGAGAACUGUCCGAUGGACUGCUUGGAGAAGGCCGCGAGCGGGGGCAUCCGGGAGAUGCCCCCUGACAAGGACGUCACCGCCUCUGCCGCAUCCGGAAAGAGGUUUGUCUUUGAGACCUGCUCCGUGGGGGAGCUCCCGGAGGACGUGGAUGAGACUGAGCUGCGGAGAAUUGAGCAGGAGGCCCUGGACAGAGGUGCCGGCUCCUUGCAGACCCUGCGCUUUGAGAGCCAGCCCCUGUACGUGCUACCAGACCGGCAGGGCCGGCUGCAUGAAGUCACAGCAGUGAGGAAGGAAGAGGUGCAGAAGGCGGACACCCGCGGAGCCCGCUGGGUCUUUGAGACCCGGCCCUUGGCCCCCAGGCUGGGCGUCGGAGAAGAAAUAUUUGUCCUCCGAGCUGUGACCCAGGAGGACAUUUGCCAGGGAGAUCUCAGAGCUGCCCGAUGGAAGUUCGAGACAGAGCCCCUGGAGCUGGCCGCAAGCGCCGGCAAGGGCAAGCCUGGCGUCCAGGAGAUGAAGGGAGAGGCCGCGGGCCGGGGCCCCGGGUACCUGCGGACCGUGAGCAUGAGCGACGUGCAGCAGGGCAAUGUCCGCACCUCCACCUGGCUCUUUGAAAACCGGCCCCUGGACUCCCUAAAGGGCGACGAGCCGGACGCCGGCGCCGAGGCUUCUGCGGCCCACGCCCGGGCUCUGGCGGUGCAGAGACAAGACAGCCGCCGAGGGGACGUCAAGCGCUGCACGUGGCUCUUUGAGACCCAGCCCCUGGACCAGCUCCGGGAGCCCGCGCCCCAGGAGCCCGCGCCCCAGGAGCUGGGGCCCGGGGAGAAGCCACCCCAGGCCGAUGUGAAGAGCACCACGUGGCUUUUCGAGAGCACCCCCCUGGACCAGCUCCGGGACCCCGCCCCCCAGGAGGAGCGGCCCCGGGAGCCGGUGCCCCCGGCCGAUGUGAAGGGCACCACCCGCCUCUUCGAGAGCAAGCCUCUGGAGCACUCGCAAGCCCAGCAGGACGGCGGGCCGGAGCAGAGGGAGACAGUGGCCCAGGAGACCCUGCGAAGGCUGCACGGCACCCCUGGCGUCCUGCAAAGGGGAGGCAUCCUCAUCGAAGCCCACACGGCCCGCACCGUCCGGAUGGCCAAAUACGAGCUGCCUGGCCCCGGCAAGGAGCCGCCUCAGGUGCAGAAGGAGGAGGUGGUGCUGGGGGAGCUGCCCCGGAUCCUCCGCCGCGUGCUGCAGGGGCCCGACAUGGACCCCCAAGGGUUUCUGGGCCAGGAGGACGAGGCCGGCCUCAUUCAGCUGGAGCCUCUGGCCACCUCAGCCCUCACCGAGGGCUGUGGACACAAAGUCUGGGGCCUGCUGGCCUGGAGCCCUGGCCCGGCGGGAACCAGACCUGGGCUGGUGAUCCAAGAGACAGAGCGGGGCCUGGUGAAGCUGCUCGUUUACUCGCUCCGGCUCCGCCCGGGCUCCCAAGCAGCCAGUGGGGCUGCAGAGAGGGGUAGCGUCCAGCUGUUAGCCAGCUGCAUCGAGAAGGGGGACCUGGAUUCCCUUAAGAGCUUGCAAUGGGAGCCGCCGGCUGAGAGCCACAGUCCAGCUGAGGGGCCCGCUGCUCCAAGGCAGACCCCCCUGAUGGUGUCUUCCGUGAAUAAGGUCAUACAUGUGCCCUUACCAGAUGGUGGGAUAGGGUGUCCCAAGACUGCAGGACCCACUUCCACCAAUCGUCUGACCAAGGAGGCAUGGGUGCCCCUGGGGCCGCAGGGCCAGGUGAAGCAGGAAGGGCAGCCGCAGAAAGCCCCAGUAACCCCCGGAGACCUACAGGGAGCCCCAUCCGUGCCCGAUGCUGACCUCCAGGUGGCCAUGCAGAACCUCCGUAGGGCCACGGCGGAGGCCCAGAGCCUCCAACACCAUGUGCAGAGCAAACACAAGCCGAGGGAUGCCCCCCCAGCUCAGGAGCCCAGCAAGAAUGCCCUGCAGACAAGUCCCACCCCCAGGAUCUCCAGGGUGGUGAUGCCCGACAUCCAAAUGACCUCCGUGGCCCGAAGCAAGGUCAGUGCUAGUAAGGAAGUGCCAACCGAAGGGUCGCUCAGGGGGAGGGGGGCUAUUCAGGAUGGCAUCUACACAGCUAAGCCUGUGAGGACCUGCAUGACCCCCACUGGGGCCCUGCCUGCUAAGGGGGAGCCGGAGGCCAUGCACUGGACAGGGAGCUUCCUGCCAAAGGCCCCCAGCCCCACCAGCACAGGGGGCCUGGAGCUAGGCUCAGGAGCAGGGAGGGAAGGACCCAGGGGCAGUGUCCAGGCUGCUUUGGAGUCUCUGGGCAAGGCCAAUAUGAAUGUGUGCAAAGGAGAUAUCAGAGCAGCUCUUAUCUACCAGGAUGCAGCCCGCAGGGGCUCUGUGCCCAUCCCAAGCCAAACCUCUGGCCCUGGCCAGAAGGCCCUAAAUGACUCUCCUCCUCCUCCAGCUGCUGUGACUGGACCCGAGUCCUCACCCCUGCUUGGCCCUGAAGACAACACACUCUCCUGCCCUACGACCCCUCAGAAGCCCUAUGUUCACCUCGUCAGUCCUGCCCCUGGCCCGAGACCCCCAGAGAGAGCAGAGGCAGCACUCCUCAAACAGGAGGCCACAGUGACAGUCACCAGGAAGAAGCCCGAUCUGCCUCCCAAACCCGCGCACCUUGGAGGCCCAACCCAGAUCCUUCCCCCUAAGCAUCCAGCCCUCCUCAGCAGCCCUGUGGUCCCAGGGGCUCCAGGGGAGGUCCCAUCCCUAAGCCCACCACACCAGACAAGUGGACAUGCAGAUGGCCACCCCAGUGGGAGACAGCCCCCCAGCCUGGCCUCCUCUACCUCCAAGACCCCCGAGAAGCAGGCCAUGGGCCCAAGAAGGCCUCCCAGCACCCCGGCCACACUCCAGGAGGAUCCGGCCUCACUGCAGAGGCCAAGAGGGCUUCCUGGGCAGGAGCCACCAGCAGAGUCUGAGGUGGGUCAGCAGAAGCCAGAGGGGAUCCCCCAGGGACACGUGCAGGAAGCCAGAGAGAUCUUUGAGAACCUGAAGAAGCAGCAGGAGCUGCAAGCCAUCCUGACCCGAGUAAGAGCCAUCGAGGAGGAUGCUGUUCGGGGGGUAGACGUGAAAGCCCUCCAGAGCCUCUUCCAGGCUGUUCCAGAGUGGGUGGGGAAGAGGUCCCAGGCCUCGGACCCCAGUGAGGCCUCUCCCGGGCAAGCCUCCGCUCCGGGCCCCAAGGGGAUGUCUUCAGUGGAGCUGGCCUUUGGAGACCUGGCCCGGGCGAGUGCAGAAGUGGCCUGUCUGAAGGAGCAGACCCUGGCACGGCUGCUGGACAUUGAGGAAGCUAUCCGUAAGGCCCUCAGCUCUGUGUCCAGCCUCAAGCCGGAGGCAGAUGUCGCAGGGCUCUCUGGCCUCCUCCAGGAGUCCCUAGGGAACGGAGCUUCCGCCCCAUCCCCGAAGGAAAGCAGCCUUGCCAAGGUCAGCAUCCAAUCCAGCAGUAAGGUCAAGUCAGAACAGCCUGGACCAGAGGGCAGAGAGCAAGUGGAGGUCAAGAGUCAGACUGAGGCCAAGACUCCAACAAAGGCCCAGGGUCUCCCAAAGGAGGAAAACCAAGCCUCUGGCAAAGUCCAGUCCACAGGCCUGUCCGAGAACUUGAGAACAGAGCGGGCCUUCCCCAGGGUCCUGCCUCCCCGCGUAAACUCGCCCUCCUCCCCAUCCUUCAUCACCAUCGAGUCCGCAGCCAGGAAACCAACAGAGUCUCCCAGCCCCAGGGACAGCCCUGAAGUCUCCCACCCAUCCCGGGACAUUGCCUACUCUUUGCCCCGAAGACCCCAGGACCUGGUGGAUGAGCCCCUCGAAGGCAACCCAGCUGAUGGAGGUCACAAGGAGGCCAGGCAGGGCCUCGGACAGUCAGAGCCAAGCCCCGCGGCCAGUCCCCUGUUCCCUAGGAGACAGAAAAGCGUCCUGGAGCUGCAGACGGGCCCUCGGGGCUCCCAGUUAUAUGAAGCUACACGGACGGUGACCGAGCAGUAUGAGGAGGUGGACCCAUUUGGGAACAAGAUCAUCACGUCAUCCACCACCGUCACCAAGCAGGCCGAUGGCUCGGCUGGCAGGGGCCACCAUUAUGAAGUGGGCACGUCCCCACUGCUGCGCCGCUACCUACAGAGCGCGUCCAGGGCCAGUGGGGCCCUCCACGAGGCUGGCAUGGUGUGCGUGACCUUUGGGAACUCCCGACCCACCGCCCAGUGAGACCUCCCCCAUCCCCCCCCAGCAAGGGGAGCCCCCAGGACAGUCACCCCAUGCCUUGAUCGUGCCUCGAUCCCCAGCCCCCACCUCCUGAGGGAUUGAGGUUAACAUCCGUGAUGGGCAGGGGCCCAAGGCCAAAGAAAAGUUCAUUUCUGUGUGUUACUCGAUAUUAUUCUCUCUUUCCUCCUCUUCCCAUAGUUCUCUUUAAUUCUGCUAGACGAGGAGGGGAGGUGACCUUUCUUCAGCUGGGGGAGGACUAGUGAGGAAGGGCUCUCUGCAUUCCCUCUGGACAGGCCACUUCACACACAUACACUCAUGCACGCGCACACACGCACAUGAAUGCUAACAGACAUAAAUACAGGUCUUCUUCCAGACACAUCCAUGUGAAGAUAUCGACGCACACAUGUUCCCAUGAACUCACACAAAUGUCCACGUAGUGCUAGGCACACACGGCCUCUCAGGCGUCCCCGCACCCCCACACCUACAUGUCCUUUUCUUCCCUUCACACCCCCUCUGAGGGAAGCCCCCCCCCCUUAAUGUAAUGCUCAAGUCCUAGAGUUUUCUCCCUGCCCCCCCAGGGAAAAACGGAUGAGAGGGAUGGAAAUCGUCCCCAAGGUUGGAUCGGUCUGCUCUGGGGUCAACUCUGAUCGGGCAUCUCUUCAGGCUGAAAGAGGCCUGUGCGCUCACCACCCUCCCCAUCUGCCCAGCCUUCCCCAAACCCAAACUUUCCCGAUCUGCUCCCACCCCAUCCCCCAUAGUGUAA